UUCAUCUCCCUGCCUGAGCAACCCGUGUCAGAAUGACGCUAUUUGCUUUCCUUGGAUCGAUGGUACAUCUUACGUGUGUAUCUGCCCGCCUGGUUAUACAGGAGGUGACUGUGAAACAGAUAUCGAUGAAUGUGCCAGCGACCCGUGCCUCAACGAUGGAACAUGCAUUGAUUUCCCCAAUUUCUACCUUUGCUUAUGCUCGGCUGGGUACACUGGGCCUAGGUGUGAGUUAGAUGUGAGGCCUUGCAUCAGUGACCCAUGCCAGAAUGGCGCCACCUGUACUGAAGACCUGAUUGAUCUAUCGUUUGAAUGCAUCUGUCCUCUUGGGUAUACUGGCACCACUUGUGAAACAGAUGUCAAUGAGUGUGCUAGUGCCCCCUGUCAGAAUGGAGGUCAAUGUGUUGAUGAAGUUGAUGGGUUCAGAUGUGAGUGCACUACAGGAUGGUCUGGCAAUCUCUGUGACACAGACAUCAACGAGUGCUCUACUGCUCCAUGUUUAAAUGGAGGGACUUGUAUGAAUACCAAUGGAUCCUAUGAGUGUCAGUGUGAAAGAGGUUGGACGGGCAUAAACUGCGAAACUGCCUGGGAUGUUUGUCAACUUAUACCUUGUCUGAAUGGGGGUACGUGUGUGGAUUUCCAGACAUUUGCUGUCUGUCUCUGUCCCACAGGCUAUAGUGGGGUCAUAUGUCAAAAUGCUCCUUCAACUACACCUCCAACUCCUUCAUUGACAACAACUCAACCACCAUCUACCACUACACAGCCCUCAACUACCACUCAGCUACUACCCACCACCACACAGCCAGCAACAACCACUCAACCACCCGCUACCACUCUACAGUCAGCAACUACCACUCCACCACCAGCAACCACCACACAGCCAGCAACUACCACUCAACAUCCAGCUACCACUACACAGCCAACAACUACCACACAGCAUCUAGCUACCACUACACAGCCAACAACUACCUCUGAACCACAAGCAACCACAGUGCGGCAAGGAACCACUAGUCAACUACCAAUUAUCACCACACAGUUCCUAGAUUCUACCACACAACCACUAACUACCACUCAAUCACCAGGUACCCCUAUAAAACAUGAUACUACCUCUCAACCACCAAGUACUACUGCAGAAUUUCUUGGUACAACAUUUCAAAGUAGGACAGCCAUUACAAGUGAUGGUUCCCAAGGAGCAACAACUGCUGCUAAUCAGUCAACCAUAUCUCCAAGUACAGAGCAACAACAGGUAAUAACAACUAUAAGAGCAAUGUUGUCAACAACUGGAGCUUUAGGGUACACAACAGAUUUCUCAAAAGUUACCACCCAGUUUAUACCAGUCUUUACCACAUUACAUGAUGCAGAAAUGUCCUCAUUUGCUGUGACUGGUGACUUUAGCACUGUUGCUGCAGUGACUUCUCUUGCAGCUGGAAGAACUACUGAAGCUGUCAUAGGUACAACAUAUGAAGGGAAACCAACUACUCAAGAAGCUGACAGCACUACGAUCUCUGAAGAAAGGAGUACUGUAAUAGAGCAGACCACUUCUAAGGCAACUACUUCACCUGAAGAAAGGAGUACUCUAAUUGAGCAAACCACUUCUAGAUUGACUACUUCACCUGAAGAAAGGAGUACUGUAAUUAAGCAUACCACUUCUAGGGUGACUACUGCACCUGAAGAAAGGAGUACUGUAAUAGAGCAGACCACUUCUAAAGCAACUCCUGCACCCGAAGAAAGGAGUACUGAAAUUGACCAGACCACUUCUAGGGUGACAACUUCACCUGAAGAAAGGAGUACUGUAAUAGAGCAGACCACUUCUAAGGCAACUACUUCACCUGAAGAAAGGAGUACUGUAAUACAGCAGACCACUUCUAAGGAAACUACUGCACCAGAAGAAAGGAGUACUGUAUUAGAGCAGACCACUUCCAGGGUGACUAAUGCACCAGAAGAAAGAAGUACUGAAAUUGAGCAAACCACUUCUAGGGCGACUACUGCACCUGAAGAAAGGAGUACUGUAAUGGAACAGACCAGUUCUAAAGCAACUACUGCACCUGUAGAUAGGAGUACUGUAAUUGAGCAGACCACUUCUAGGGUGGGAACUUCACCUGAAGAAAGGAGUACUAAAAUUGACCAGCCCACUUCUAGGGUGACUACUGCACCUGAAGAAAGGAGUACUGUAAUUGACCAGACCACUUCUAGGGUGACUACUGCACCAGACGAAAGGAGUACUGUAUUAGAACAGACCACUUCCAGGGUGACUAAUGCACCAGAAGAAAGAAGUACUGAAAUUGAGCAAACUACUUCUAAGGCAACUACUGCAACUGAAGAAAGAAGUACUGUAAUUGAGCAGACCACUUCAAGGGUGACAACUUCACCUGAAGAAAGGAGUACAAAAAUUGAGCAGACCACUUCUAGGGCGACUACUGCACCUGAAGAAAGGAGUACUGUAAUGGAACAGACCACUUCUAAAGCAACUACUGCACCUGUAGAAAGGAGUACUGUAAUUGAGCAGACCACUUCUAGGGUGGGAACUUCACCUGAAGAAAGGAGUACUAAAAUUGACCAGCCCACUUCUACUGUGACUACUGCACCUGAAGAAAGGAGUACUGUAAUUGAGCAGACCACUUCUAGGGUGGGAACUUCACCUGAACAAAGGAGUACUGUAAAUGAUCAGACCACUUCUAAGGCAACUGCUGCACCUGAAGAAAGGAGUACUGUAAUAGAACAGACCACUUCUAGGGUGACUACUGCACCUGAAGAAAGGAGUACUGUAAUUGAGCAGACCACUUCUAGAGUGACUACUGCAUCGGAAGAAAACAGUACUGUAAUUGAGCAGACCACUUCUGGGGCAACAACUGCACCCGAAAAAAAGAGUACUGUAAUGGAACAAACCACUUCUAAAGCAACUACUGCACCCGAAGAAAGGAGUACUGUAAUAGAGCAGACCACUUCUAGAGUAACUACUUCACCUGAAGAAAGGAGUACUGUCAUAGGACAGACCACUUCCAGGGUGACUUCCGCACCUGAAGAAAGGAGUACUGAAAUUGACCAGACCACUUUUAUGGUGACUACUGCACCUGAAGAAAGGAGUACCGGUACUGUAAUACAGCAGACAUCUUCAAAGGCAACUAUUUCUCUUGAAGCAAGGAGUACUGUAAUUGAGCACACCACUUCUAAGGCGACUACUGCACCUGAACAAAGGAGUACUGUAUUAGAACAUACCACUUCCGGGAUGACUACUGCACCAGAAGGAAGGAGUACUGAAAUUGAGCAAACCACUUCUAAGGCAACUACUGCGCCUGAAGAAAGGAGUACUGUAAUUGAGCAGACCACUUCUAGGGUGGCAACUUCACCUGAAGAAAGGAGUACUGUAAUAGAACAGACCACUUCCAGGGUGACUAAUGCACCAGAAGAAAGGAGUACUGUAAUAGAACAGACCACUUCUGGGGUGACUACUGCACCAGAAGAAAGGAGUACUGAAAUUGAGCAAGCCACUUCUAGGGUGACAACUAUACCUGAAGAAAGGAGUACUGUAAUAGAACAGACCACUUCCGGGGUGACUACUGCACCAGAAGAAAGGAGUACUAAAAUUGAGCAAACCACUUCUAAGGCAACUACUGCGCCUGAAGAAAGGAGUACUGUAAUUGAGCAGACCACUUCCGGGAUGACUACUGCACCUGAAGAAAGGAGUACAGUAAUUGAGCAGACCACUUCCAGGGUGACUACUGCACCUGAAGAAAGGAUUACUAUAAAAGAGCAGACCACUUCUAGGGUUACUACUUCACCUGAAGAAAGGAGUACUAUAAAAGAGCAGACCACUUCUAGGGUGACAACUGCAGCCAAAGAAAGGAGUACUGUAAAAGAGCAGACCACUUUUAGGGUGACAACUGCAACCGAAGAAAGGAGUACUGUAAUAGAGCAGACCACGUCUAGGGUGACUACUGCAACUGAAGAAAGGAGUACUGUAAUUGAGCAGACCACGUCUGAGUUGACUAUUGCACCGGAAGAUGGGAGUACUGUAAUUGAGCAUACCACUUUUAAGGCAACCACUCCACCUGAAGAAAAGAGUACUCUAAUAGAACAGACCACUUCUAGUUCAACUACUGCACCUGAAGAAAAGAGUACUGUAAUAGAACAGACUACUUCCAGGGUGACUUCCGCACCUGAAGAAAGGAGUACUGAAAUUGACCAGACCACUUUUAUGGUGACUACUGCACCUGAAGAAAGGAGUACCGGUACUGUAAUACAGCAGACAUCUUCAAAGGCAACUAUUUCUCUUGAAGCAAGGAGUACUGAAAUUGAGCAGACCACUUCAAGGGUGACAUCUUUACCUGAAGAAAGGAGUACUGUAAUUGAGCAGACCACUCUAAAGUUGACUACUGCAUCUGAAGAAAAGAGUACGGAAAUUGACCAAACUACUUCUCAGGCAACGACUGCAUCUGAAGAAGAAAGUACUUUUAUUGAGCAGACCACUACUAGGGCAACGACUGCCCCUGAAGAAGGAAGUACGAAAAUUGAGCAAACCACUUCUCAGGCAACUACUGUUUCUGGAGGGGAAAGUACUGUAAUCGAUCAGACCAUUUCUACGACGACUACUGCACCUAAAGAAGGAAGUACUGAAAUUGAGGAGACUACUUCUAGGAUGACUACUGUACCUGUGGAAAGGAGUACCGUAAUAGAGCAAACCACUUCUAGGGCAACUACAGAAUCUCCAAAAUUUACAAAUAAAUUUACAGGGACCCCUGAUGUUGAAACCAGAGGAACAGAAGCUACUACAGCAUCAAUUAUUUAUCAGACUACUUCAGGGACAACUAUUCCACAUGGAAAAGGAAGUACAGUGAUUACACAUACUACAGAAUUCCAAGAAAUAUCAACUGAAUUUACAAAGACAACUGAUGAUGAAACAGUUGAAGCUACUGAAGUAGCUGGAACCACAGCUUUUGAUGAAUUAACAACAGAAUCCCCAGAAGUAACAUCUUCUAUAAGGACAGUUGAUAUUGAAACUGCAGAAGCCACUAAACCAGAUAGAACAACUGGUCUUGCUGACUUAACAACUGAAUUUGCAAGGACAACUGAAUUGACAGGAACAACUGAUGUUGAAACAGAAGAAGCUACUGAACCAGCUAGAACAACGGGUUCCAUUGAGGUAACAAGAUAUCAAGAAAUGACAACUGGUGUUGAAACUGUAGAGGCUACCAAAGCUACUGGGCCUGCUAGAACAACAGGUUAUAUUGAGGUAACAACAGAAUCUCCAGUAGUUACUACUAGUUUUACAACUGGAGAAGUUACCGAGGCUGUCAGAACAACAGGUUUUAUUGAAGUAACAACAGACUCACCAGAAAUGACAACUUAUGUUGAAACAGAAGAAACUACCAAACUUGCUAGAACAACAGUUUCUGUUGAAUUUACAACAAAAUCUAAAGAAAUGACAGCAAGUGUUGAAACUGAAGAAGCCACUGAAGCUACCGAGUCAGGUAGAACAACAGGUUUUGUUGAUGUAACAUCUGAAUUCCCAGAUGUGACAACCGACUUGACAGGAGCAACUGAUGUUGAAACUGUAGAAGCUACUGAACCAGCUAGAACAACAGGAUCUUUUGAGCUAACAACAGAAUUUUCAGAAAUUAAAACUGCAGUUGAAACUGAAGAUGUUACUGAGGCUGUCAGAACAACAAGUUUUGUUGAAAUAACAGAACCCUCCAAAGUGUCAACUGUUGAAACAGAAGAAGCUACCCAAAGUCCUAGAACAACAGGUUCUGUUGAAUUCACAACAAAAUCUAAAGAAAUGAAAAGUGUUGAAACUGAAGAAGCUACUGAUGCUACUGAACCUGCCAUCACAACAGUUUCAAUUGAGGUAACAACAUUACAAGAAAAAACAACAGAAUUGACAGGAACAACUGAUGUUGAUACAGAAGAAGCUACUGAGUCUGCAAGGACAACAAAUUUUGUUGAGAUAACAGAAUCUCCUGAAGUUACUCCUAGUAUUGGAACUGAAGAAGCUACCGAACGAGCUAGAACAACAGGUUCUUUUGAAUUUACAACAGAAUCUCAAGAAAUGACAACUGAUGUAGAAACAGUAGAAGCUACCGAGCCUGUUAGAACAACCCGUUUUGAUGAGGAAACAACAGAAUCUCCAAAAGUUACAACAAAUGUUGAAACAGAAGAAGCUACUGAAGCAGUGAGAACAACAGGUUUUGAUGAAUUAACAACUGAAUCUCCAGACAUUACAACUGCAGUUGAAACUGAAGAAGCUACUGAGACUGUCAGAACAGCGGGUUUUGAUGAAUUAACAACAGACUCCCCGCAAAUGACAACUGAAUUUUUAGGAACAACUUAUAUUGAAACUGAGGAGGUUACUGAACCAGCUACAACAACAGGUUUUGUUGAGGUAACAGCUAAAUCCCCAGAAGUUACAACUGAUGUUAAAACUGAAGAAGCUACUGAGACUGGCAGAACGACAAGUUUUGAUGAAUUAACAACAGAUUCCCCACAAAGUACAACUGAAUUUUCAGGAACAACUGAUAUUGAAAUUGAAGAAGUUACUGAACUAACCACAACAGGUUUUGUUGAGGUAACAACAGCUUUUGAUGACAUAACUACAGAAUCUCCAGAAGUUACACCAAAUGUUGAAACAGAAGAAGCUACUGAAGCAGCUAAAACAACAGGUUUUGAUGAAUUAACAGAAUCCCAAGAAGUAACAUCUUCCACAAGGACAGUUGAUGUUGAAACUGGAAAAGUUACUGAACCAGAUAGAACAACCGAUCUUGCUGACAUAACAACUGUAUUUAUAGGGACAGCUGAUAUUGAAACAGAAGCUACUGAAGCAGCUAGAACAACAGGUUUUGUUGAUGUAACAUCGGAAUCCAUGGAUGCAACAACAGAAUCUCCUGAAGUUACAACUGAUGUUGAAACAGAAGAAGCUACUGAAACACCUAGAACAACAGGUUUUGAUGUAUUAACAACAGAAUAUCCAGACAUUACAAGUGCAGUUGAAACUGAAGAAGCUACUGAGACUGUCAGAACAACAGAUUUUGAUGAAUUAACAACAGACUCGCCACAAAUGACAACUGAGUUUUCAGGAACAACUGAUAUUGAAACUGAAGAAGUUACUGAACCAGCCACAACAGGUUUUGAUGAGGUAACGACAGAAGUUUCAACAAAUGUUGAAACAGAAGAAGCUACUGAAGCAGCUAGAACAACAUAUUUUGAUGAAUUAACAACAGAAUCUCCAGAAAUUACAACUGCAGUUGAAACUGAAGAAGCUACUGAGACUGUCAGAACAACAGAUUUUGAUGAAUUAACAGACUCUCCACAAAUGACAACUGAGCUUUCAGGAACAACUGAUAUUGGAACUGAGGAAGUUACUGAAGCAGCCACAACAGGUUUCGAUGAGGUAACGACAGAAGUUUCAACAAAUGUUGAAACAGAAGAAGCUACUGAAGCAGCUAGAACAACAGGUUUUGAUGAAUUAAAAACAGACUCACCACAAAUGACAACUGAGUUUUCAGGAACAACUGAUAUUGAAACUGAAGAAGUUACUGAACCAGCCACAACAGGUUUUGAUGAGGUAACGACAGAAGUUUCAACAAAUGUUGAAACAGAAGAAGCUACUGAAGCAGCUAGAACAACAUAUUUUGAUGAAUUAACAACAGAAUCUCCAGACAUUACAACUGCAGUUGAAACUGAAGAAGCUACUGAGACUGUCAGAACAACAGAUUUUGAUGAAUCAACAGACUCUCCACAAAUGACAACUGAGUUUUCAGGAACAACUGAUAUUGGAACUGAGGAAGUUACUGAAGCAGCCACAACAGGUUUUGAUGAGGUAACGACAGAAGUUUCAACAAAUGUUGAAACAGAAGAAGCUACUGAAGCAGCUAGAACAACAGGUUUUGAUGAAUUAACAACAGACUCGCCACAAAUGACAACUGAGUUUUUAGGAACAACUGAUAUUGAAACUGAAGAAGUUACUGAACCAGCCACAACAGGUUUUGAUGAGGUAACGACAGAAGUUUCAACAAAUGUUGAAACAGAAGAUGCUACUGAAGCAGCUAGAACAACAUAUUUUGAUGAAUUAACAACAGAAUCUCCAGACAUUACAACUGCAGUUGAAACUGAAGAAGCUACUGAGACUGUCAGAGCAACAGAUUUUGAUGAAUUAACAGACUCUCCACAAAUGACAACUGAGCUUUCAGGAACAACUGAUAUUGGAACUGAGGAAGUUACUGAAGCAGCCACAACAGGUUUUGAUGAGGUAACGACAGAAGUUUCAACAAAUGUUGAAACAGAAGAAGCUACUGAAGCAGCUAGAACAACAGGUUUUGAUGAAUUAACAACAGACUCGCCACAAAUGACAACUGAGUUUUUAGGAACAACUGAUAUUGAAACUGAAGAAGUUACUGAACCAGCCACAACAGGUUUUGAUGAGGUAAUGACAGAAGUUUCAACAAAUGUUGAAACAGAAGAAGCUACUGAAGCAGCUAGAACAACAUUUUUUGAUGAAUUAACAACAGAAUCUCCAGACAUUACAACUGCAGUUGAAACUGAAGAAGCUACUGAGACUGUCAGAACAACAGAUUUUGAUGAAUUAACAGACUCUCCACAAAUGACAACUGAGUUUUCAGGAACAACUGAUAUUGGAACUGAGGAAGUUACUGAAGCAGCCACAACAGGUUUUGAUGAGGUAACGACAGAAGUUUCAACAAAUGUUGAAACAGAAGAAGCUACUGAAGCAGCUAGAACAACAGGUUUUGAUGAAUUAACAACAGACUCGCCACAACUGACAACUGAGUUUUUAGGAACAACUGAUAUUGAAACUGAAGAAGUUACUGAACCAGCCACAACCGGUUUUGAUGAGGUAACGACAGAAGUUUCAACAAAUGUUGAAACAGAAGAAGCUACUGAAGCAGCUAGAACAACAUAUUUUGAUGAAUUAACAACAGAAUCUCCAGACAUUACAACUGCAGUUGAAACUGAAGAAGCUACUGAGACUGUCAGAACAACAGAUUUUGAUGAAUUAACAGACUCUCCACAAAUGACAACUGAGUUUUCAGGAACAACUGAUAUUGGAACUGAGGAAGUUACUGAAGCAGCCACAACAGGUUUUGAUGAGGUAACGACAGAAGUUUCAACAAAUGUUGAAACAGAAGAAGCUACUGAAGCAGCUAGAACAACAGGUUUUGAUGAAUUAACAACAGACUCGCCACAAAUGACAACUGAGUUUUCAGGAACAACUGAUAUUGAAACUGAAGAAGUUACUGAACCAGCCACAACAGGUUUUGAUGAGGUAACGACAGAAGUUUCAACAAAUGUUGAAACAGAAGAAGCUACUGAAGCAGCUAGAACAACAGGUUUCGAUGAAUUAACAACAGACUCCCCACAAAUGACAACUGAGUUUUCAGGAACAACUGAUAUUGUAACUGAAGAAGCUACUGAACCAGCCACAACAGGUUUUGAUGAGGUAACGACAGAAUCUCCAGAAGUUACAACAAACGUUGAAACAGCAGAAACUACUGAAGCAGCUAGAACAACAGAUUUUGAUGAAUUAACAGACUCUCCACAAAUGACAACUGAGUUUUCAGGAACAACUGAUAUUAGAACUGAGGAAGUUACUGAAGCAGCCACAACAGGUUUUGAUGAGGUAACGACAGAAGUUUCAACAAAUGUUGAAACAGAAGAAGCUACUGAAGCAGCUAGAACAACGGGUUUUGAUGAAUUAACAACAGAAUCUCCAGACAUUACAACUGCAGUUGAAACUGAAGAAGCUACUGAGACUGUUAGAACAACAGAUUUUGAUGAAUUAACAGACUCUCCACAAAUGACAACUGAGUUUUCAGGAACAACUGAUAUUGAAACUGAGGAAGUUACUGAACCAGCCACAACAGGUUUUGAUGAGGUAACAACAGGUUUUAGUGAGGUAACGACAGAAUCUCCAGACGUUACAACAAGUAUCAAAACAGAAGAAGCUACUGAAGCAGCUAGAACAACAGGUUUUGAUGAAUUAACAACAGACUCCUCACAAAUGACAACUGAUAUUGAAACAGAAGAAGUUACUGAACCGGCUAAAACAACAGGUUAUGUUGAGGUAACAUCAAAAGCUCUAGACAUUACAACUGCAGUUGUAACUGAAGAAGCUACUGAUGCUGUCAGAACUACAGGUUUAAUUGAAAUAACAGACUCCCCAGAAAUGACAACUGAAUUUUCAGGAACAACUUAUUUUGAAACAGAAGAAGUUACUAAAACUCAGAGAACUACAGAUAUUGUUGAGGUAACAACAGAAUCUCCAGAUGUUACAAGUAUCAAAACAGAAGAAGCUACUGAAUCGCCUAUGACUACAGGUUCUGCUGAGGUAACAACAGAAUCUCAAGAAAUUACACCAAGUGUUGAAACUGAAGAAGCUACUGAGCCUUCAAGAACAACACGUUUUGAUGAGGUAACAACAAGAUAUCAAGAAAUGACAACCAGUGUUGGAGCUGAAGAAGCUACUAAAGCUACUGAGCCAGCUAGAACAACAGGUUUUGUUGAGGUAACAACAAUAUCUCCAGAAGUGACAAGUGAUUUUAAAACUGAAUCUGCUACAACAACUACCACUGAGAAAAUUGGAACAACACAGAUAAACCCUGCAACUGACAGAUCAGGGGGAUCGUCAGAACCUCCUAUAGCUUCCACAGAAACUGCUUCAACUAGACAAACAAAUCCUGUAACUGAGGAACCUGUUGAUUCGACAGUAGCUUCUGUAUCUUUUACAGGGAAAGUCAAUGGAACCACUCAGGGUGAAGAAAUUACCACCAAAGAAGUGGUUACUACAAGGCAAACAACACCUACAACUCAGGAACAAGCAGCUACUUCUACAGAAAUGCCUUCAUCUAAGGAACCAGCUAGAACUACUGUGCUGUUUGUAGCUUCUACCCUGGAACUUGAACGUACAACCAGAAGUGAAAAUAAUGCAACCAUAGAGACAUUUUCAAGUAGGCAGACAACCCCUGCCACUGAGGAAUUAACAGGUUCUACACAAACUCUUUCAUCUGAGGGAUCAGUUAGAUCUACACUUGUUACUGCAGGUUCUACACAACCUGUGUCCUCGACUCAAGAAACAGAAGGGAUCACCCAAGGUACAAAUACUACCACCGAAGAGACAGUUUCAACUAGACAAACAGUCCGCACUACUGAAGAACCAGUAGGUUCUACAGACGCUCCAUCAUCCGAGGGACCAAUUAGAUCUACAAUUGUUACUCCAGCUUCUACACAAGGUGGGGCCUCUAGUCAGCAACCAGAAAUAACCACUGUAGGUCAAAGAGGUACCACAGAAGAUAAAGUUUCCUCUAGAAUUCCUUCCACCCAGAGCACCUUGGGCUCCACAGAUUCUCCUAAGGCUACUUCAAGAGUUAUUGCUUCUACAGCAGAAGAUAAAGGCACAACUCAAACUUCUACGAAUGCUCCACCAUCUGAGGGACCAGUAGGUUCUACGGACGUUCCAUCAUCUGAGGAACCAAUUAAAUCUACAAUUGUUACUGUUGCUUCUACUGAACACAUGGCCUCUACUCAACAACCUGCUGGAACCACCAGAGGUGAAAGAGUUACCACAGAAGCAACUGGUUCCACAGAUUCUCUUAAAGCUACUUCAAUAAUUAUUGCUACUACAAGAGAACAUAGAGACACAACUCAAGCUGAGACUGUAAGUACCAAGGAAAUGGUUACAAUGAGACAAACAAAACCAGCAACCGACAGUCCAUCACGCUCAACACCACCUGCAAUGACCAGUGGACCAUUGACAGCUUCUUCUUCUGUCCCCACUUCAGAUAUGAUGAAUAUGACCAAUGCAACAACUCCAUCAUCUGCACCAUAUAAUGAAAUAGUAACAGGGACUGCUACAAUUCUAGAGUUGAAUGGAGCUGAAGCUUUUGUAUCAGGGCCACUUCAAGAUCCUAUGAGUCCCAUCUUCCUCAACUUUCAAGCUUCACUUUGUAAUGCCCUAUUAGAAUAUUUUCAAGACUUAUCUAUCAGUACAGAUGGGAUUGGAUGCAGCGUGACAAACCUUGUCAGUGGUAGUAUCAUUGCAUCCGUAGAGUUUAAUGUGACAGCUUUCAGUCAACAGGGGGCGCGGGUCACUGCAGAGAGUAUCUACAAUUCCCAGUUUAUGACUGAAACGUUCCUGAUUGAUUCGCGCAGCAGGAAUGUCUUUACGUUUGAAAGCUUCAUUGUGAAUGGUAUUGAUGUAUGUGGGCUAGAAACACCCUGUCUGAAUGGAGCAACUUGUAGUGGAUCUGGCUACAAUUCAUUUACUUGCUCGUGUCCAGAUGGAUGGACCGGUGAUACAUGUGGAGAUGAAUUCCUCAUCAUCCUGGAAAUCACGGACACAACUGACACCACGGUUACCAUAGCCUGGGACUUCCUUGAGGACGAUGACCUUGUGGCCUUUGUCUUUGAGUAUAGGAAGUCUGGAGAGGACGAUUGGUUGUUGACAGUUCUGGUCAGUAGUGCCGUCAGAGAGUUCACAAUCACCGAUCUCGACCCAAACACGCUCUACUUUGUCCGGCUUUUGGGCUUUUUCACUGGAGAAACCAAAGUGAUCUCAACGCAGAAGGGGGUUAUCACAUUGGAAUCGACUGAGCCAGAUACUGGUGAAUCUUUACAACCUCAGGGAUUGUCCAAUGCUGUUCUUAUUUGGAUCCUUGUGUUUGUAGCCCUUGUUGCUUUUGUUCUAUUCAUCUUUGUUGUGGUGAUGGUUUAUCGUCGACGUAAAGACUCUGUAACGCUUCCGUUCAGGGAAUCUAAGGGGCGAUUUGCGGUUGGAGUAAGGGUGAGUGCAGAUUGCCUGUUUUAUCUUUUUUGCUUUUUGCUUGAUGAAAAUUUAUGCAAUAUGAAAAUGUUAAAAAUCCAUGCCUUGAGUCGUGAAAGGAAACCGCCCAUGGGCAAACAAUGCGCCACUUUUGUCAGUCCGCUUUUGAUGCAAGAAAAGCAAACUGGUGGUUGA